AUGAUAGCAGUCUCUACAGUCAGCAGUGCACUCCUCUUCUCCCUUCUCUGUGAAGCAAGUGCCGUGGUCUUACUCAAUUCCACUGACUCAUCCCCGCCAACCAAUAAUUUCACUGAUAUUGAAGCAGCACUAAAAGUACAACUAGAUUCUGCGGAUAUCCCCAAAGCCAGGCGGAAGCGCUACAUUUCGCAGAAUGACAUGAUCGCCAUUCUUGAUUACCAUAAUCAAGUUCGGGGCAAGGUGUUCCCACCGGCAGCAAACAUGGAAUAUAUGGUUUGGGAUGAAAAUCUUGCAAAAUCUGCGGAGGCGUGGGCAGCUACUUGCAUCUGGGACCAUGGACCUUCUUAUUUACUGAGAUUUUUGGGCCAAAACCUUUCUGUACGAACUGGAAGAUAUCGCUCUAUUCUCCAGUUGGUCAAGCCAUGGUAUGAUGAGGUGAAAGAUUAUGCUUUUCCAUAUCCUCAGGAUUGCAACCCCAGAUGUCCUAUGAGAUGUUUUGGCCCCAUGUGCACACAUUAUACACAGAUGGUUUGGGCCACCUCCAAUCGGGUAGGAUGUGCAAUUCAUACUUGUCAAAACAUGAAUGUCUGGGGAGCUGUGUGGCGACGUGCAGUUUACCUGGUAUGCAAUUAUGCCCCAAAGGGCAAUUGGAUUGGAGAAGCACCCUAUAAAGUAGGAGUACCAUGUUCUGCUUGCCCUCCAAGUUACGGAGGAUCUUGUACUGAUAAUCUUUGUUUUCCAGGAGUAACAUCAAACUACCUAUACUGGUUUAAAUAA